AUGCAUCAACAACCAUAGCUGCAUCAACAACUUGACCACCGAUGCAUCAUCAACAACUUAAGCUGCUACAACAACCAAAGAUGCAUCAACAACCAUAGCUGCAUCAACAACUGUGACAACAACAAUCGCCCCUACCACAGAGACAACAACUAGCUCUCCAACAUUACAACCACGCCUGAGCCUGUUGUUGUUAAAUAAUGUAACGAAGCUGUAAGUGUAUUUGACACCAGUUCCAGCAAUGAAGGUGAGCAGAUAACAUGUAGAGGCAUGACAUCUUGCCCUGAUGGCUCAAUACCACCAUGUGUUUGGAAGAGAAAGGUCAUAACUAAAUGCACUGCAGAUUCUUAAAACUCAAAUGGUAGAGAUCUACAAACGGGCAUUAGCUCAAGACUAAGAUUAGUAUCAAAUGGUCUACCUAAUCAUUGUUUUGAAUCUGGUUAAAGUACUCCUAGAGAAAAUUAAAUUGACUUUGAAAUUAGAUUCAAGAAUAAACAAAGAAAUAACUUAAAAAGAAACAGAGUGCUUGAAGGUAGUGAGAGAGUGCUUGAAGAUAGUGAGGAAGAGAAAACUAUGACAUUGUACAACGGUGAUAAUCAACUUAGUGUGAACAUGGCUCUCUGUGACGAAGCAUGGACUUAGACUGGAUUUAUUACUUCGCUUUACCCUGAUUAUAUUGAAUAUUCUGGCAAUUUCGAUGGUAUAGUAGGAAUCUCUCUUAAUGGUGUUCCUAUUCACACAGGAAACUCUGAGUAUGGAUCUGACAUAUUCUAUCCUAAAAGUUAUGGAAGCAAAUUAUAUAGUACCAAGAAAGUUCAUCUUGAUACAUGCUUGGGAAGCUCAGAGUUCUCUGGAUACUAUCAUUAUUAUGGAUGGUCACCUUGUAUUCUACCAAGAGGACCAAUAAAAAGCCUAGAAUAUACUUCUUGCAACUAUAAUGAAGCUUGCUAGUAAGAUCCACUAGCAUAUUCUCUGUCUUUUAUGUCACCUUAAGAAAAGACAAUUAUGAUCAUUGGAGUAGCAAGAGACGGACAUUCUAUUCUAGGGCCAUACAGAAGAGAUGGAAUGCUAUGGUAGCCAUGUGAUGUAGAUUUAUGCAAUGGACUUUAUAUUGGAGGAGUUUAUUAUUAUGUGACUACGAUGUUCCAUCCAUACACUGUAGGAUGUUGGGGACCAAGUCCAAAGAAAACUAUAGCUUAGCAAUGCUCUAAUAAUGUCUAGGUUUGUAGUGGAGCUAGCAUGGUGAAAUUCUUCAUUCAGAUGAUUUCUCCUAUUAUUCUAGUUUAUUUCACUAUUCUUAUGUGA